AUGGGUGCGGGGGUCCGGGCGGGCGGGCGGCGGUGGCGUUGUCGACGGGUCCCGCGUCCGUGGUGGUGGCUGUGCUGCCUGUGGUUUCUGUGGCCGUGGCCGGCGGGGGCCAAGCAGCUGCUCCGCUACCGGCUGUCGGAGGAAGGGCCCCCCGACGUGCGCAUCGGCAACGUGGCGUCGGACCUGGGCAUCGUGACGGGGACCGGCGAGGUGACCUUCAGCCUGGAGUCCGGCGGCGAGUACCUGAAGAUCGACAACGUGACGGGCGAGCUGAGCACGGGCGAGCGGCGCCUGGACCGCGAGAAGCUGCCCCAGUGCCAGAACAUCUUCGACGAGAACGAGUGCUUCCUGGACUUCGAGGUGAGCGUCAUCGGGCCGUCGCAGAGCUGGGUGGACCUGUUCGAGGGCCGGGUGGUGGUGCUGGACAUCAACGACAACACGCCCACCUUCCCGUCGCCGGUGCUGACGCUGACGGUGGAGGAGAACCGGCCGGUGGGCACGCUCUACCUGCUGCCCACGGCCACGGACCGCGACUUCGGCCGCAACGGCAUCGAGCGGUACGAGCUGCUGCAGGAGGGGGGCGGGGAGGGCCGUCGGGGGGGGUCCCCGUCGUCGUCGUCCCCGUGGUCGUCGCCCCCGUCGUCCUCCCCCGCGUCCCCGUCGGGCGAGGCCGAGGGCGGCCCGCCGUCGGGGGUCCCGCCGUCGGGGGCCGAGCCGGGCCCCGGCCCGUUCGAGCUGCAGGUGGCCGACACCCCCGACGGCGACAAGCAGCCGCAGCUGAUCGUCAAGGGCCCGCUGGACCGCGAGCGGCGCGACAGCUACGAGCUGUCGCUGCGGGUGCGGGACGGCGGGUCCCCGGCGCGGGGCUCGCAGGCCCUGCUGCGGGUGCUCAUCACCGACGUGAACGACAACAGCCCGCGCUUCGAGCGCGCCGUCUACGAGGCGGAGCUGGCGGAGAACAGCAGCCCCGGCACGCCCAUCCUGCAGCUGCGGGCCUCCGACCUGGACGCGGGCGUCAACGGGCAGAUCGAGUACGGGUUCGGCGCCGCCACCGAGGCCGUGCGGCGGCUGCUGCGCCUCGACGAGGCGUCCGGCUGGCUGAGCGUGCUGCACCGCCUGGACCGCGAGGAGGUCAGCCAGCUGCGCUUCGGGGUCACGGCCCGCGACCGCGGCCAGCCGGCCCGCGCCGACCGGGCCACCGUGGUGCUGGCCGUCCGCGACGAGAACGACAACGUGCCGGCCAUCGACAUCCGCAAGAUCGGCCGCAUCCCGCUGCGCGACGGCGUGGCCACCGUCGGGGAGGACGCGCUGGUCGACACGCCCGUGGCCCUGGUGCAGGUGUCGGACCGCGACCAGGGCGAGAACGGGGCCGUCACCUGCACCGUGGUGGGCGACGUGCCCUUCCAGCUGAAGCCGGCCGGCGGCGGCGAGCCCGAGGGCGAGCCCGGCCGGCGCAAGUACUUCCUGCACACCGCCGCCCCGCUGGACUUCGAGGCGGCCCGCGAGCACCGCGUGGUCAUCGUGGCCGUGGACGCGGGCAGCCCCAGCCUGGCGGCCAACAACUCGCUGCUGGUGCGGGUGGCCGACGCCAACGACAACCCGCCCGUCUUCGCCCGCCCGCUGGCCGAGGUCACCGUCCCGGAGAACAACGCCCCGGGCGAGCGGGUGGCCACCGUGGCCGCCACCGACGCCGACAGCGGCCGCAACGCCGAGCUGGCCUACUCGCUGGAGCCGGCCGGGGGCCCCUUCGCCGUCGACCCGGACACCGGCGACAUCGUGGCCCGCGUGGCGCUGGACCGCGAGCGCACGGCCCGCUACCAGCUCAGGGUCACGGCCCGCGACAAGGGCAGCCCGCCGCUGCGGGCCACGGCCACCGUGCUGGUGCGGGUGGCCGACCGCAACGACAACGCCCCGCGCUUCCUGCAGGACGUCUUCACCUUCUACGUCAAGGAGAACCUGCCCCCCGACAGCCCCGUGGGCAUGGUCACCGUCGUGGACGCCGACCAGGGCCGCAACGCCGAGCUCAGCCUGGCCGUCGGCGCCUCCUCCCUGUUCUCCAUCGACAACCGGACGGGCACCAUCUACUCGGCCCUGGCCUUCGACCGCGAGCGCCGGGCCGCCUACACGUUCGCCGUCCGCGCCGUGGACGGCGGCGAGCCGCCGCGCUCCGCCACGGCCACCGUGUCCCUCCUGGUGAUGGACGAGAACGACAACGCGCCCGCCGUGUGGGCCCCGGCCAACGGGUCGGUGGCCCUGCUGCCGCCGGCCAGCGCCGCCCGCACCGUGGUGGCCACCGUGCGGGCCUCCGACGGCGACGCGGGCGCCAACGCGGAGCUGCGCUUCGGCCUGGUGGGCGGCAACCCCUUCGGCCUGUUCGCCGUGGACGCGGCCAGCGGCGCCGUGACCCUGGAGGCCCCGCUGGGGCCCCGCCACCGCGGCCUGCACCGGCUGGUGGUCCGCGUGGCCGACGGCGGCCGCCCGCCGCGCUCCACCACCGCCCUGGUCCACGUGUUCGUCAACGAGAGCCUGGCCAACGGCUCGGCCGUCGAGGCCCAGGUGGCCCGCAGCCUGCGCACGCCGCUGGCCCAGGACGUGGCCGGCGACCCGGCCCUGGAGCCCGGCCGCCAGCGGCUCAGCGUGGCCGUCGGGGCGGUGGCCGGCGCCGCCGCCGUGCUGCUGCUGCUGCUGGCCGCCGGGCUGGCCCGCUACUGCCGCCGCCGCCACCGGCGCGGCCGGGGGCCGGGGGCCGGGGGCCGGGGCCCCCGCGGCUACGAGCCCGGCAAGAAGGACCGCGACGACUUCUUCGGCCCCGCGCCGCCCCACGACAAGCCCAAGAAGCCCGCCAAGCGGGACAAGAAGCCCGGCAAGGCCCCGCGCCCGCUCUACAGCAGCAUCGUCACCGUCGAGGCGCCCAAGCCGGCGGCCGGCCGCGCCUUCCUCCACCACCCGGCCGACGGCGGCCUGGUCGACGGCGCGACCGGCCGCUACCGCUCCGUCAACGGCGGCCCCGCCAGCCCGGACCUCGCCCGCCACUACAAGUCCAGCUCCCCGCUGCCCACCGUCCAGCUGCACCCGCACUCCCCCACCGCCGGCGCCAAGCACCAGGCCGUCCAGGACCUGCCCCCCGCCAACACCUUCGUCGGCGCCGGCGACGACGUCUCCAUCGGCUCCGACCACUGCUCCGACUACGGCUGUCAGGCCAACAAGUACGGCAAGCAGCCAUUUCGUAGAGUGACGUUUUCUGUUGUGAGUCAGCCUCAAGACCCACAUCAGGGGUCAUUGCAGAGUUGCUAUGACAGCGGUCUGGAGGAGUCAGAAACACCAAGCAGUAAGAGUUCAUCAGGGCCAAGGCUGGGUGCCCUUCCACUCCCAGAGGACAACUAUGAAAGGACAACGCCGGAUGGCAGUGUUGAUUCAAGGCCUCUGCCAGAUGUAGCCCUGACGGGGAAGUGCACACGAGAGUGCGAUGAAUAUGGUCACUCAGACUCGUGCUGGAUGCCCGUUCGCACUUCCCCCGAAAGGAAGCCGAAGAGCCAGCCAAAACUCUCCACUUUCAUGCCUGUCAAUGAACGAGGCAGCCAGGAUAAGCUGGCGAAUGGAGACCCCUCCAUCAUGGGUGACCGUAACCGAAAUCUCCUGAACAAAAAGUUGACCUCAUCCUAUGAGACCUUCAGCGCAGCUAAUUUCAGCAAAAAUGAGGAAGCCAACCCAGAGGAUAUUCCCCUUACACAGACGGGGGAAUACAAGCCAUCUCCUGUCAAUACUUUAACUAGAAGAGAGGUUUACCUGUAAGCUAUCAGAAGCAACAGCAAGAUUCUCUCAUGUAUGAGAAAGGAAAAAUUAAAGGGGCAAAACCUUGAAAUCCAAACAGUUCAACUCAAAAAAGAGGGGGUCACCAAAGAGACCAAGCUUUGCCUGCCACUUCUGCCUCCUUAUCAGGCACAUAACUAUAAGGUCUGCCUGACUAACGUACAAUGUAGAGACCGUUGUUGUUACCUGCAUGUCUAAUACCCUCACUGAGAUUUUCUUUUCCUCCUAAAUUGAUGGUUGCAAGUUUCUUUCAUGGUAACAAGCCUGAUUAGAAGAACAGAGCACACUGUCGUUACCUUAUGCUGAAGCAUGAUUUUAGCCACUUCGAUUUUGUUUGAUUGUCAUCUGGCUUGUUGAGAAUAACAGGCCAGGAAAACUGUAUUCUAAACCCAACAUCAGACAAUUGCUGAUCCCUGGCAGGGAUGAUCCUUCUAAAGCAUACAAACACUCGGUACCGUUGAUUAACGAUCAACCGCGAUUCAUUAAUAAGCACUUUGUGAAGAUCGCAGCUUUAAUAUUCUCACCCGAGGCUGGUUGCCACAAAACAAAAAUUCAGCCAGAGACUGCAGUCCAAAAUGUGGCAUAACUCUCUCUAAAAUCAGGAACUCCUAAGUUCAGUUUUAUCCAUAGAUAGAAUGAGCUCUGUUUAAGCAUAAUCACAGUUACACAUAACGCAAUUAGUAUCACCUGAAUCAUACUAAUGAGUGACUGUCAAAACUUGCUUCUUCUUUUUUUUUUCCCUUGUUUUGGACAAGACCAACAUUAUCACCUAGCUGGGACGAUUGUAGUGACUAAAAGGCCAAAGAUGAUACUACGGAUCAGGGGAAUUGCUCAGUCUUUUUGGUCUUGAUGUAGAACUCCAGCGUGCCCUCAAAAGCAACGGGACGCCCAUUACAUAUGCCCAACAUUCCUUUUUCGCACGGUCUGUAAGCUCAGCUGACAUGCUUCUGUUUUCCAAGUGGAUUUUAGUUGAAAGCCCCCAAGGAACUGAUCAGAUAAGUUUGCUGAUAUUAUAAAGAGAUGCAAUACAGUGAAGCCCUGUGCUGGUUCUAUUAUCAGGGAAGAGUGAAUUUUUGUAAAGUCAUAAAAGUUGGGGGAGUA